AUGGUGAUGCAGAAAUUCGACAAGAAUCAGUAUCAAAUCUUGCUCUAUCGGUUCGAUGCAUUGAGGCAGAAGGGGUCUGUUGUGGAGUACCAGGCUGCAUUUGAGAAGAUUGCCCAAUGCCUAUUGUUGUACAAUAGUGGCUAUGAUGAUACUUACUUUGUGAAUCGAUUUGUGGUUGGUUUGAAGGAAGAGAUACGCUCUGUCAUUGCUUUGCAUCGGCCAAAGGAUGAUGUUGAGGACAGUGAGGAGGUGGAAGUUGAAGAUGAGACAAUAUUAGUAGUGGGUCAGACUGUUGACAGUACCCAAGUUAAGUGUCGAAUGUUGAAGGUCUAUGGUAGAAUUGGUAAAUUGGAAAUACUUAUCUUGGUGGACUCGGGUAGUGUGGGUACAUUUGUCAGUCAGCAAUUGGCUACAUGGUUGGAGGUGCCUCUGUCUAAAUGUACACCUACUCAAUUUGUUACAGCUGAUGGAGGUCCAAUGGUUUGUUCUUAG